CCCGCCCUUACCGGCGCCUUCUUCGCCGUCGCGUGUGGGCUGACUAUUCUCGGCCAGUCGUCCUUGUGGGCCCCAGUCGGCCGCCUUCAAGGGAGGACAUGUGCUGCUGUCCCUUCGCCCCUUGGUCGCCGUCGCUCAGCAGGCCCCGGCGUAUAAAUCUGCGCCCUGCCUGCACCAUCUUCCCAAACUCCAUCCUGCUCUCCAGCAUCUCAUCGCAGUCCAUCUACCAACUCCUCCGUCUUCGUCUCUAUUCUCGCCAUGCUCCUCACCAAGCUCGCCGCCCUUGCCCUCUUUGCUGGUGCCUGCGUCUCUGGCGCUGCUGUUCGCCCCAGCCACUCCCAGGAGCAGCACUCCCGCCCCACCAACGCCCCUUCGCACACUUUCUCGCACCACCCCAUUCCCACCAACGUCCCCUCGCACUCCUUCUCGCAUCACUCCUUCCCCACCAACCACCCCUCGUUUGCCCCUCACUCCCGCCCCACCGACUUGCCUUCGUUUGCCCCUCACUCUCGCCCUACCAACUUGCCCUCUCACUCUGAGCACGUCAAGCCCUCUGGCAAGCCCUCCGCCAAGCCCUCUGGCAAGCCCCGCAGCAAGCGCGCUGUCAAGCCUUCUCACUCUGCUCAUGUCAAGCCUUCUCACUCUGCUCAUGUCAAGCCUUCCCACUCUGAGCAUGUCAAGCCCUCCCACUCCGCUCAUGUCAAGCCCUCUGGCAAGCCCCACAGCAAGCGCGCUGUCAAGCCUUCUCACUCUGCUCAUGUCAAGCCUUCUCACUCUGCUCAUGUCAAGCCUUCCCACUCUGAGCAUGUCAAGCCCUCCCACUCUGAGCAUGUCAAGCCCUCCCACUCCGAGCAUGUCAAGCCCUCUGGCAAGCCCCACAGCAAGCGCGCUGUUCAGCCUUCUCACUCUGCUCAUGUCAAGCCUUCUCACUCUGCUCAUGUCAAGCCUUCCCACUCCGAGCACACCAAGCCUUCCCACUCCGAGCACACCAAGCCCACCCACAGUGUUCACCCCAAGCCCCAGCACUAAGCUGGCCGUUUCCCGAGCCCUGAGUGAAACAGAUAGUGACCAAAUUGUGCUUUCUGAUUUGCGAUUGAAUCAAAUGCUGGACGCUUGAUCAUCCCCCUCCCCACUAUUGCUGUAAACCCGGUCGACACAAAUAUAGGCGCCAUCCCCACUCUUAUUCUAGAGUAAUCGGUGGCUCCUGAUAUUGUCCCUCUUUCUAUUGAUCC